AUGGGUUGUUUUUAACCAAAAAGUAUAAAUAAAAUUGUCGCUAUGCAAACAACAAACAGAGAUUACAUCUUUACGUCAACUGCUGACAUUCAUAAAAUAUUUUCUUUCGGGAAAGUACUAGGAAUAGGAGCCUUCGGUAAAGUUCUCACUGCACGAAGGCGAAAUAAUAACGAAAAACAGUACGCUAUAAAAAUGAUCGACAAGAAAAAAGUUAAAGGAAUGGAAACCAUGUUAGCCAAUGAAAUUUAUAUAUUACAAAGGUUAGAUCACCCUAAUAUUAUCAAAUUCCAUGAAGUAUAUCAAAGUGAACUCUACCUCUAUAUCUGUAUGGAGAAAUGUGCUGGAGCAGAAAUUAUGGAGAGCAAACCCAAAAAUUAAAAAUCAUACACUGAAGGUUAAGCAAGAGAUAUCAUGGUUAAAGUAAUUAUUAGUACUAUUUGUAGAUUAUUUCAGCAGUUGCUUACAUUCAUGAAUAAGGAAUUAUACAUAGAGAUAUUAAACCAGAAAAUAUUAUGUUUACAGAGAGAGACAUCAGAUCAGAGCCUAAACUUAUUGAUUUUGGGCUAUCAGUGAAAUACGAUUCUUUCAGUUACAAGUAAGGAAAUAUCUAUAAUAAUAUAGUAAACUUAAAGCUGGGGUAGGCACACCUGUUUAUUUAGCACCAGAAGUAAUUGAAGGAACUUAUAAUGAAAAAUGUGAUAUUUGGAGUCUUGGAGUUUUAUUGUUUAAUAUGCUUGUAGGUUAUCCUCCUUUCUAUGGUAGAAAUCGAGAAGACCUUUAUGAAAAUAUAAAAUAUCAAAAUGUAUUAAUUUUUAAUAAUACUUUAGUUGAUAUUUGAUCGAAGACAUUGGAGAAGUACUAGUGACGAAGCAAAAGAUCUCUUGAAGAGAAUGCUUAACAAAAAUUAAAAUUUAAGAUAUUCUGCCAAGGAAUGUCUUAACCAUCCAUGGUUUUAACUUUUAUUUAAGGAAGGAGUUUAUAGGCCUCCAAGAAGGAGUACUGGAUUUUCAGGAACUUAAUCUGAAGAUGAUUAAAGAACUUUAUAUUAAAUGCUUAAAACAUAUCGAAUAGGGGCUAAAUUUAAAAAGGAAGUCAUGAAAGUCUUGGUGAAUCAGAUGAAUGAAAAAGAUUUAGGACGAUUGUAAUAGAUAUUUAAAAAUAUUGAUGUUGAUAAUUCUGGCACAAUUACAGUGUAAGAAUUACAUCAAGCACUUUAGCAAGAAGUAAAAAUGAAAAUAAUUGUAAGGGUUCCUUAACCACAAUUGAAGAGAUUGAAUAAAUCAUGGAAAAAAUUGGGUAUGGUAUUNAAGCUAAUCUAAGAUCUUGUAUAUGCAUAAUAAAAAUAAAUAAUGGGUUGUUUUUAACCAAAAAGUAUAAAUAAAAUUGUCGCUAUGCAAACAACAAACAGAGAUUACAUCUUUACGUCAACUGCUGACAUUCAUAAAAUAUUUUCUUUCGGGAAAGUACUAGGAAUAGGAGCCUUCGGUAAAGUUCUCACUGCACGAAGGCGAAAUAAUAACGAAAAACAGUACGCUAUAAAAAUGAUCGACAAGAAAAAAGUUAAAGGAAUGGAAACCAUGUUAGCCAAUGAAAUUUAUAUAUUACAAAGGUUAGAUCACCCUAAUAUUAUCAAAUUCCAUGAAGUAUAUCAAAGUGAACUCUACCUCUAUAUCUGUAUGGAGAAAUGUGCUGGAGCAGAAAUUAUGGAGAGCAAACCCAAAAAUUAAAAAUCAUACACUGAAGGUUAAGCAAGAGAUAUCAUGGUUAAAGUAAUUAUUAGUACUAUUUGUAGAUUAUUUCAGCAGUUGCUUACAUUCAUGAAUAAGGAAUUAUACAUAGAGAUAUUAAACCAGAAAAUAUUAUGUUUACAGAGAGAGACAUCAGAUCAGAGCCUAAACUUAUUGAUUUUGGGCUAUCAGUGAAAUACGAUUCUUUCAGUUACAAGUAAGGAAAUAUCUAUAAUAAUAUAGUAAACUUAAAGCUGGGGUAGGCACACCUGUUUAUUUAGCACCAGAAGUAAUUGAAGGAACUUAUAAUGAAAAAUGUGAUAUUUGGAGUCUUGGAGUUUUAUUGUUUAAUAUGCUUGUAGGUUAUCCUCCUUUCUAUGGUAGAAAUCGAGAAGACCUUUAUGAAAAUAUAAAAUAUCAAAAUGUAUUAAUUUUUAAUAAUACUUUAGUUGAUAUUUGAUCGAAGACAUUGGAGAAGUACUAGUGACGAAGCAAAAGAUCUCUUGAAGAGAAUGCUUAACAAAAAUUAAAAUUUAAGAUAUUCUGCCAAGGAAUGUCUUAACCAUCCAUGGUUUUAACUUUUAUUUAAGGAAGGAGUUUAUAGGCCUCCAAGAAGGAGUACUGGAUUUUCAGGAACUUAAUCUGAAGAUGAUUAAAGAACUUUAUAUUAAAUGCUUAAAACAUAUCGAAUAGGGGCUAAAUUUAAAAAGGAAGUCAUGAAAGUCUUGGUGAAUCAGAUGAAUGAAAAAGAUUUAGGACGAUUGUAAUAGAUAUUUAAAAAUAUUGAUGUUGAUAAUUCUGGCACAAUUACAGUGUAAGAAUUACAUCAAGCACUUUAGCAAGAAGUAAAAAUGAAAAUAAUUGUAAGGGUUCCUUAACCACAAUUGAAGAGAUUGAAUAAAUCAUGGAAAAAAUUGGGUAUGGUAUUGAUGAAUUAGAUGAUAUAACAAUAUCUCUGUCUAACAAAUCUUCAACAAAACCUUUAAUUAUUAAAUACAGUGAUUUUUUGACUGCCUGUAUUGAUGAAAGACGUGUUUUCACAAGAGAGAAAUUAUGGUCUAUUUUCAAGUAUUUUGAUACAUAGAAUGAAAAUCAUUUAUCAAGAGAAGCAAUUAGAGAAUCAUUUGCAAGACAUGGACGUUCAGUUCCGAUUGAAAAAAUCAAUUAAAUGUUAUCUGAUAUUGAUCCUAAUAAUUAGAAUAAAAUUACAUUUGAUGCUUUUUGUUAGAUGAUGGGAGUUGCUGGAAUCCAAUAGACUCUAGAAUUUAAAGAUGAUACUAAAGAUCCUUAAUCUAUAGCUCCUUCUAUAAUUGUAUGA